GGGCCUCAAUUGAUUUCUUAAUGAGGGGACUUCUUUGUGCGGAAGGACCCUCUCUAUCCCCUUUCAUGAUGAAGAAGAACAACACACUAUCUCUCAGUAAGUGUAUGAGCGCAUAUCUGCUCCUCAUCUUAAACACAGAGAGCGCUGUUUAUUUCAUCCUUUCGUUUGGUGUAAAGUUUGGUGUUUAGUUUAAAGUGCUCGAGCUUCCCCGCACUGGGCGCACUAUCUCCGCGGAGGAAUAUCGGAGGGCAAAAAAAAAGGGGGGGGGGGCGGGGGCGGGACUUUUCCCGUCUCGCGCGUGAGACGUCAUCUAGAACUUUGGAGUCCCACGCGACAGCCUACCCGCGCGCCCCACUACAGCACACGCGCACAAUCUGAGCGGAGUUUCUCACGCGCUGCACUGACGAGGAACGCGCCUUCUUUAUUUAUUUCUUCAUUUCAACCUAUUUAUUGCUUCUUAUUCUUGGAACCGGAGAGAAACGAAAAUCCUGGGAUCUAUGAAAACUCGGGGUGGAUUUGAACUACAUUUGUGACGGGAUGAACCGUUUCUUGUUGAUGUCCUUAUUUCUCGGGACGGCUCCGGUGUGUGAGGGGAAAGGUCUGAGGUGUUCGGAGCCAUGUCAGAACGGAGGAGCGUGUGAGCUCACCGCCGGCGGGAAACCAGGCUGCAGCUGCCCCGCGGACUACGCGGGAGCCCAGUGUCAGUUCCCGAACCCGUGCAGUCCAUCGCCAUGCCGGAACGGAGGUGUGUGUCGUCCGCGCACGCAGGGCAACGACGUGGAGUUUGCGUGUGACUGUACGCUGGGUUUCAGCGGGCCGCUGUGCCUGACACCCGUCAAUCACGCCUGCAUGAGCUCACCGUGCCGCAACGGAGGAUCCUGCUCGCUGCUUACGCUCAGCACCUACAGCUGCCGCUGCCCACCGGGCUGGACAGGUAAGACGUGCCAGCAGGCGGACCCGUGCGCGUCAAACCCCUGCGCCAACGGUGGCCGGUGCUCAGCGUUCGAAUCUCACUUUAUCUGCACGUGCCCGCCCAGCUUUCACGGGCCCACGUGCCGCCAGGACGUAAACGAGUGCGCCACAACUCCCUCGCCCUGCCAGAACAGCGGCGCGUGUAUAAACGAGGUGGGCUCGUACCGCUGCCACUGCCCACCCGAGUACGCUGGCACACACUGUGAGCGCCCCUUCCAGCCCUGCCAGCCUUCUCCCUGUGCUAACGGGGGCACGUGCACGCAGACCAGUGACACCGGCUACGCCUGCACCUGCCUGCCAGGCUUCACCGGGCAGGACUGCGAGCAUAACAUUGAUGACUGUGUUCAGCACGCGUGUGAGAACGGAGGCAGGUGUAUGGACGGCGUGAACACAUACAACUGCCACUGUGACAAACACUGGACAGGUCAGUACUGCACGGAAGACGUAGACGAGUGCGAGCUCUCUCCGAACGCCUGCCAGAACGGCGGCACGUGUCACAACACGGUGGGCGGCUUCCACUGCGUGUGCGUGAACGGCUGGACGGGCGACGACUGCAGCGAGAACAUCGACGACUGCGCCAGCGCAGCCUGCUACCACGGCGCCACAUGCCACGACCGCGUCGCAUCGUUCUACUGCGAGUGCCCUCACGGGCGCACCGGUCUGCUGUGUCAUCUGGAUGACGCGUGCAUCAGUAACCCGUGUCAGAAAGGCUCCAACUGUGACACCAAUCCCGUCAAUGGCAUGGCCAUCUGCACCUGCCCUCCGGGCUACACCGGCUCUGCCUGCAACCAGGACAUCGACGAGUGCUCCCUCGGGGCCAAUCCAUGCGAGCAUGGCGGCCGGUGUCUGAACACCAAGGGCUCAUUCCAGUGCAAGUGCCUCCAGGGCUAUGAGGGGCCACGCUGUGAAAUGGACGUGAACGAGUGCAAGUCUAAUCCGUGCCAGAACGACGCCACCUGCCUUGAUCAGAUCGGUGGUUUUCACUGCAUUUGUAUGCCAGGGUACGAGGGCGUGUUUUGCCAGAUCAAUACAGAUGACUGCGCCUCCCAGCCUUGUCUCAACAACGGCAAAUGCAUCGACAAGAUCAACUCCUUCCAUUGCGAGUGCCCUAAAGGAUUCUCUGGGAGCCUGUGCCGAGUGGACGUAGACGAGUGUGCAAGUACGCCGUGCCAGAACGGAGCCAAGUGCACUGACGGGCCAAACAAAUACGCCUGCGAGUGCAAAGAAGGUGGGUGUGCGCGCCAACACACGCGUUGCAUUCACACAGGAGACGCGCUUAAAUCGAACGUCUUAACCGUCUUCGUUCUUUCUCUUCUUUCUGCAGGUUUCACCGGCUCUAUGUGCGAGAUCGAUAUAAACGAGUGCGCCUCAAACCCGUGCCACUACGGCGUGUGUAAGGACGGCGUGGCUUCGUUCGCGUGCGCGUGCCGCCCCGGAUACGCGGGCCGCCUGUGCGAGAUCAACAUCAACGAGUGUUUGAGUCAACCGUGCCGUAAUGGGGGUACCUGCCUGGACCGGGAGAACUCGUACACCUGCAGCUGUCCUAAAGGAACCACGGGUCGGAACUGUGAGAUCAAUGUAGAUGACUGCAAAAGAAACCCAUGUGACUUCGGCAAAUGCAUCGACAAGAUCAACGGAUACGAGUGCCUGUGUGAGCCUGGAUACACAGGAGCGACGUGUAACGCCAACAUCGACGACUGCGCGCCGAACCCGUGCCGUAACGGUGGCACCUGUGUGGACGGCGUGAACUCGUUCACUUGCCUCUGCCCUGACGGCUUCCACGACUCCGUAUGCCUCUCACAGCGCGACGAGUGCGCCAGCAACCCCUGCAUCCACGGCAACUGUCAGCACCAGGCCAACGCGUACGUGUGCGUGUGUGAGCCGGGCUGGACGGGCCGGAACUGCGAUCUGAACGUGAACGAGUGUUUGUCCAACCCGUGUGUAAACGGCGGAACGUGCCGAGACAUGACCAAUGGCUACAUCUGCAGCUGCAAAGCAGGAUUCACAGGUCCGAAUUGCCAGACGAACAUCAAUGAGUGUGCAUCCAACCCCUGCCUGAACCAGGGCACCUGUAUUGAUGAUGUAGCUGGAUAUAAGUGCAACUGCCUGCUGCCCUAUACAGGCGAGCUGUGCGAGAGCGUGUUGGCUCCCUGCUCUACACGCCCAUGUAAGAACAGAGGUGUGUGUCGCGAGUCUGAGGACUACCAGAGCUUCUCCUGUGCUUGCCCAAUUGGCUGGCAAGGUCAGACGUGUGAAGUGGACAUCAACGAGUGUGUGAAGUCCCCAUGCCGUAAUGGCGGCGUGUGCGUGAACUCAAUGGGCGGCUUCCAGUGCCGAUGUAACCCGGGAUUCACGGGAGACCUGUGUGAGACCGACAUCGACGACUGCACUCCCAACCCCUGCGGCAACGGCGGCGUGUGCGUGGACCGCGUGAACGGCUUCACGUGCGUGUGCGUGGCCGGGUUCCGCGGUGAGCGUUGCACCGAGGACAUCGACGAGUGCGUGAGCGCCCCCUGCCGCAACGGGGGGAACUGCACAGACUGCGUGAACAGCUACACCUGCAGCUGCCCGGCCGGAUUCAGCGGCAUCAACUGUGAGAUCAACACACCCGACUGCACCGAGAGCUCCUGCUUCAACGGCGGUACAUGUGUGGAUGGGAUUAACUCAUUCUCAUGCGUCUGUCUGCCCGGCUUCACGGGCAGCUACUGCCAACACGACGUAAACGAGUGUGACUCGGGCCCAUGCCUGAACGGCGGUACAUGCCAAGACGGCUACGGCACCUACAAGUGCACCUGCCCACAUGGCUACACGGGCACCAGCUGCCAGAGCCUGGUGCGCUGGUGUGAUUCCGCCCCUUGUAAAAACGGAGGCUCGUGUUGGCAGCAGGGCUCUUCUUUCACGUGUCAGUGUGCCAGCGGCUGGACUGGAAUCUACUGCGACGUGCCCAGCGUCAGCUGCGAGGUCGCCGCUCAGCAGCAAGGUGUAUCCGUGGCCGCUCUGUGCCGUAACGGAGGCCAGUGUGUAGAUGCAGGCAGCACGCACCUGUGCCGGUGCCAGGCAGGCUACAUGGGCAGCUACUGCCAGGAGCAGGUGGACGAGUGUGUGCCAAACCCAUGUCACAACGGCGCAACCUGUACCGAUUACCUGGGCGGAUACACCUGCGAGUGUGUGGCGGGAUUCCACGGGGUCAACUGCAGCAAGGAGAUCAACGAGUGUGCGUCUCAGCCUUGUCAGAACGGAGGCACCUGCAUCGACCUCGUCAAUACCUACAAGUGCUCCUGCCCUCGAGGAACGCAAGGCGUUCACUGCGAAAUCGACGUGGACGACUGUUCCCCGGACGUGGACUCCGAGACCGGUGAGCCACGCUGUUUUAACGGCGGGCGCUGCGUGGACCGUGUGGGCGGCUACGGGUGUGUUUGCCCGCCGGGCUACGUGGGUGAGCGCUGCGAGGGCGACGUGAACGAGUGCUUGUCCGACCCCUGCGACCCGAACGGAUCCUACAACUGCGUCCAGCUGGUGAACAGCUACCGCUGUGAAUGCCGCACAGGAUACACGGGCCAGCGCUGUGACACAGUGUUUGACGGUUGUAAGGAUAAGCCCUGCAAAAAUGGUGGAACCUGUGCAGUCGCCAGCAACACUAAACACGGAUACAUCUGCAAAUGCCCGCCUGGUUUUUCAGGCUCGUCGUGCGAGUAUGACUCAAGCUCAUGUGGCCCGCUGCGCUGCCGCCACGGUGCCUCCUGUGUCCCGGGUCCGCGCUGCCUUUGCCCGCCGGGUUACAGCGGACGCGAGUGCCAGACACGCCUCGAUACUCCAUGUGCUUCCAACCCGUGCUACAACGGUGGCACGUGCCAGACGUCUGCCGAAGCCCCGUUCUUCCACUGCCUGUGCCCGUCACACUUCAACGGCCUCUUCUGCCACAUCCUAGACUAUUCGUUCAACGGGGGCCGGGGCCUGGACAUCACCCCUCCGCCAGCCGAGUCAGAAGAGGCGGAGCCACGUUGCGAGGUGCCGCAGUGUGAGCAGCGAGGCGGCGACGGCGUGUGCGACGCAGCCUGCAACAGUCACGCGUGCGGCUGGGACGGCGGGGACUGUUCGCUCAAUUUCGACGACCCCUGGCACGAGUGCAGCGCCGCCCUGCAGUGUUGGAGGUACUUCAACGAUGGCAAGUGCGACAUGCAGUGUCACAGCGCUGGCUGCCUCUACGACGGCUUUGACUGCCACCAGCUGGAGGGCCAGUGCAAUCCCUUGUAUGAUCAGUACUGUAAGGACCACUACUCGGACGGACACUGCGAUCAGGGCUGCAACAGUGCCGAGUGUGGCUGGGACGGGCUGGACUGUGCCGAGGAUGUACCGCAGCGUCUGGCAUCUGGCAUCCUGGUGCUUGUGGUGCACUUGCCACCCGGUGAGCUGCUCCACAACGCUUCCUCCUUCCUGCGCCAGCUUAGCGCCCUGUUGCGCACCAACGUCGCCCUCAAGCGCCACGCCACCACGGGCGAGCCUCUGGUCUACCCGUACUACGGCACCGAACACGAGCUGAGCAAACACACACGUACCGCUCACGAGUGGAACACAAACCCUGGCCACCUGCUGCAGCGUACCGCCAGGAGCCUGUCAGCGUUGCUCAAGCCCCGCCAUCGACGAGAGCUGGACACCAUGGAGAUUAAAGGCUCCAUUGUAUAUCUGGAGAUCGAUAACCGGCAAUGUUACCAGCAGUCAGAAGAGUGUUUUCAGAGUGCAACAGAUGUGGCUGCGUUCCUGGGGGCGCUGGCCUCCAGCGGCAAUCUCAACGUUCCUUACAUUAUAGAAGCUGUUACGAGUGAGAACGAGGCCCCAGGCCGUGGAGAGAUGUACCCCAUGUUCCUGGCUCUCCUGGUCCUGGCUGUGUUGGUCCUGGCUGCCGUCGGAGUUGUGCUGUCACGCAAGCGGAAGCGAGAGCACGGCCAGCUGUGGUUCCCCGAGGGCUUUAAAGUGACCGAAACCAAAAAGAAACGCAGAGAACCUGUCGGAGAGGACUCCGUUGGACUUAAGCCUCUGAAGAACUCUGAUAGCAGUCUCAUGGACGAGCAGCUGAGCGAGUGGGCAGAGGAAGACCACUGCAAACGUUUCAGGUUUGAUGAGCACACCACGACAGAUAUCGGUAUCCAGCCGGAUCCGCGUCAGUGGACUCAGCAGCAUCUCGACGCGGCCGACUUGCGCUUGACCUCGAUAGCUCCUACGCCGCCGCGGGCAGACACGGACACCGACUGCGUAGACGUGAACGUGCUUGGCCCGGAUGGCCUGACACCUCUGAUGAUCGCCUCGUGCAGCGGUGAGGUCGGCGAGGAGGAGGAGGGGGAGGAAGGCGUCAUCGCCAACUUCCUGUGGCACGGCGCCGAUCCACACCAGCGUACAGAGCGCGCGGGUGAGACGGCGCUGCACCUGGCCGCCCGUUAUGCCCGAUCCGACGCCGCAAAGCGCCUUCUAGAGUCCGGGGCAGAUGCCAACGCACAGGACCACGCGGGACGCACGCCGCUACACGCCGCCGUGGCUGCCGAUGCACAAGGAGUCUUUCAGAUCCUAAUCCGGAAUCGGGCUACAGAUCUGGACGCGCGCAUGAACGAUGGCACGACGCCACUCAUCCUGGCCACACGCCUAGCAGUGGAGGGCAUGGUUGAGGAGCUCAUCAACUGCCACGCCGAUGCCAAUGCCAUUGAUGACUCUGGAAAGUCCGCUCUCCAUUGGGCCGCUGCUGUCAACAACGUCGAGGCCGCCGUAGUGCUUCUGAAGAACGGGGCCAACAAGGAUCUACAGGACAACAAGGAGGAAACGCCCCUCUUCUUGGCCGCGCGCGAGGGCAGCUAUGAGACGGCAAAGCGCCUCCUCGACCACCUGGCCAACCGCGACAUUACGGAUCACCUGGAUCAGCUGCCACGUGACAUCGCCAAUGAGCGUAUGCACCAUGACAUUGUGCGUCUGCUGGAAGAAUAUAACCUGGUUCAGACCCCUCCCACUCUUACUCAUUCACCCCCUAUCUGCUCGCCCGAGGCCUUCCUGGGCAUCAGGACUAGCCCGGGAGGCGCCAAUAACGCGAAUAACGCAAAGAAACCCCGCAAACCCGGAGGGAAGGAGGGAGGAAAGGAGAUGAAGAUGAAAAAGAAAAAGAACGGAGACACGAACAUCCUUUCUCCGAUGGAAUCGGAUGUCUCCUCACCCCCGACCAUGACAUCGCCCUUCCAACAGUCCCCACCUAUCACCCAUCACCUGCAAGGGUUGGCUGACUCCCAAAUGGGCGGGGCUCACCUGGGGAUGGCAAAGCCAUUUGACUCCGCUCCUCCACGCUUGUCUCAUCUCGGAGUGGCUAAUAACGGAGGUGGAGCUCCAACGGGGCCAUGCGAUUGGCUGGCAAGGGCACAGCAGCAGCAACAAGGGGCAUUCUCGGCUAUAAUGCCGACAAUGCACCACGGCGCUAACUUGCCGCAGGUGAUGGGCUAUCCCACAAUGCAAAGCAGCCACCUGGGCGCACCAGCUCACCUGCUGUCCAACCACUUGCAUCAAAACCAUCUGCAGCACCAAAACUCAAAUUCUGCCAAUCAUGGCCUCUCUCACCACUUCCUGGGUGACAUCACUUCGGUAGCAGAACUUCAGUCCAACUCAAUCCAAACCUUGCUCCCGCAGGAGACGCAGCGCCUUCCCAGCACGCAGUUCCUGACUCCUCCUUCUCAGCACAGUUACUCCACCCCCAUGGACAACACGCCGAAUCACCAGCCACAGGUCCCUGAUCAUCCCUUCCUGACUCCAUCCCCUGGCUCUCCUGACCAAUGGUCUAGCUGCUCUCCACAUUCCAACUUAUCUGAUUGGUCAGAGGGAAUCUCGAGCCCACCCACCAGCAUUCAUAUGAGUCACAUCCCCGAAGCAUUCAAGUAAUAAUGACAGCACAGGGCGACAGUGAUGAAUGACUCUACUGCCAAAACGUUUUUGACUACUUUAUAUUAAUUAGACUUUAUUCCCCAGAACUGCUCAUUUCGUAUUUAUUUAUGUGCUUUUGGACAACGUAUAUAUAUAUAUAUAAGAUCUUUUUUUUUUUUUUUUAAUUUAUGCAUUUUAUUUGUAUUUGAUCAACAAGCUGCUCAGAACAAAAAAAACUGAACUACUGUCUGCUGAGUAAAAUAUAAAAUGUCAAG